AGCACUCCCGCGACCCCUGUAACGAUAUAAGCGGCUAAGCAAAUGGAUGGAUGGAGGGAUUUUUGCAACCUCUUGAGGCUGAGGCAAUGAUUGCAUUUCCCAACCCCAACCCCAAUGGGCAGACCUGCUGUGGGCUAUCGGUUUCAUUUUAUCUUUUUAAAUGAUCUACCCAUGAAAGAUGUUGCCAAAUUCUCUUGUGCUCUUGACACAAAGGUUAUAGCACACAUUUUGUAUUCAUAUACCCUUUCGUUAUGAGGUACAAUGUAUUGUUAGAGCAUCUAAAAGAAAAAAAAAAAAACACCAACAGCGUAUCUCUAAUGUCAAAAGAGAACAAUGAACAUUUUCGAAUAGGAACAGUUUUCCAAACGUGUAGUCCCAACGUUAUUCUUUAGUAUAAUUUAUUCAGGCAGCCUGAAAAUCUCGCGGUGUUACCACCCAGACGUCUUACAUUGUAUUGAGUCUGGUUUUCCUGAAUUUGUUAUUUAACCAUAGACAACAUCAAUUUAUAUUCGAGAGUCGAGUGCAGCUUUUGGAUGAGCCUCGCGUGCCAAGCCUGCGGCGUGUCGACGCUCUCUCUCCGCCUGUUCUGGGCUUCGUUGACGUACCGUGCGUCAUCUCUACCGCUGCGGUUUUGUUAUUUUGCUCUGUUGAGGAAUCAUGGCAACUCCCGCCGCGGUCAACCCGUCUGACUCUGAAAGAAUAAAAGGGGACAAAACGCCGCCAGGCCGCCGAAGCCUGGCUCCAGCAUCCAUCCCCUUCCCCCAUAUUGUCUGGCCGUUCGUACAGCUUUGCUAACUUAUACGUCUUUGUCACAUCUAGCUAAUCAGAAUCAGCUUGAUUGGCCCAGUGUGUAAAAACACACAAGAAACCUUUCUCUGUCAGUCGGUGCUGCCCUGGUACGACAUUCAGAACAAAGAACAACAAGAAAUGGGCAGUGAGUUGCCGGGAACUGUAGUGAUGCCAGGAGCAGUUGGAUCUGGCCCGGUAAGGAUCGGAGGAUCUGUGCCAGGCCGUGGUGGCAAGAGAAGAUCAGGCGGAAUGGACUUUGAUGAAGAAGACGGAGAGGGGCCUAGCAAGUUUUCAAGAGAGAACCACAGUGAAAUUGAACGACGCAGACGCAAUAAAAUGACGCAGUACAUCACAGAGCUGUCAGACAUGGUCCCCACCUGCAGUGCUCUGGCCCGCAAACCUGACAAAUUAACCAUUCUGCGUAUGGCAGUCUCACAUAUGAAAUCAAUGCGGGGCACAGGGAACACAUCCACUGACGGGGCGUAUAAACCCUCAUUUCUCACUGAGCAGGAACUGAAGCAUCUGAUCUUGGAAGCUGCUGAUGGCUUUCUGUUCGUAGUGGCGGCAGAAACAGGACGUGUCAUCUACGUCUCUGAUUCUGUGACACCAGUGUUGAACCACCCCCAGUCUGAGUGGUUUGGCAGCACUCUGUAUGAACAAGUCCACCCAGAUGAUGUUGACAAGCUAAGGGAACAGCUCAGUACCUCAGAAAAUUCCAUGACAGGACGGAUUCUUGACUUGAAGACAGGAACAGUGAAAAAGGAGGGGCAGCAAUCCUCCAUGAGAAUGUGUAUGGGCUCCAGGCGCUCCUUCAUCUGUCGUAUGAGGUGCGGCAGUGCUCCCUUGGAUCACAUCUCACUAAACCGUCUGUCUAAUAUGAGGAAGAGAUACAGGAAUGGCCUCGGACCAUCAAAAGAAGGGGAGGCACAGUACUCUGUGGUUCAUUGCACUGGCUAUAUCAAAGCUUGGCCCCCCGCAGGUAUGACUGUACCAGAUGAGGACACAGAGGCGGGGCAGACAGGGAAGUACUGCCUUGUAGCCAUUGGAAGACUGCAGGUAACCAGCUCUCCAGUGUCUAUGGAUAUGAAUGGUCUGUCGGUACCCACAGAGUUCUUGUCCCGCCACAAUUCAGAUGGAAUCAUCACCUUUGUCGAUCCACGCUCCAUCAACGUUAUUGGUUAUCAGCCUCAGGACUUGUUGGGAAAAGAUAUUCUGGAGUUUUGUCAUCCUGAAGACCAGAGUCACCUGAGAGAAAGUUUUCAACAGGUGGUGAAGCUAAAAGGUCAGGUACUGUCUGUGAUGUACCGUUUCCGCAUGAAAAAUAGGGAGUGGAUGUUGAUCCGAACCAGCAGCUUCACCUUCCAGAACCCCUACUCUGAUGAAAUUGAGUAUGUGAUCUGCACCAAUACCAAUGUGAAGCAGCUUCAGCAGCAACAGGCAGAGCUGGAGGUCCACCAGAGAGAUGGUCUGACUGCUUAUGAUCUUUCCCAGGUUCCUGUUGCCAGUGUGAGCAGUGGAGUACAUGAGGCAGGGAAGACCAUCGACAAAUCCGAAACCCUUUUCUCCCAGGAGAGAGACCCACGGUUUGCUGAGAUGUACACCAACAUCUCUAGCUCGGGAGAUAAGAAGAUGAUGGUUCCCUCUUCGACAGCAGGAGGACAGCAGCUCUACUCCCAGAGCUCUCCAUUCCAGCAGGGGCAUUCCGGAAAAAGCUUCAGUUCCUCUGUGAUCCAUGUCCCAGGUGUGAAUGACAUUCAGCCAACAAGUUCAUCCAGUCAGAAUCUUGCUCAGAUAUCAAGACAGCUCAACCCAGGACAAGUCGCUUGGUCAGGAAAUCGCCCCCCCUUCUCUGGCCAGUCCAGUAAAGCUCAGUCCAGUCCUUUUGGCAUUGGUACUGGCCACAGCUACCAGACUGAUCCUGCCUCCUACAGCCCUUUGUCAUCCCCAGCCACCUCAUCCCCCAGUGGCAAUGCCUACUCUGGUCUGACAAACCGCACCACAGCUUUUGACGUUUCAGGAGAGAGCAGCCAGACCGGAGCUCAGUUCCAGGGUCGACCUAGUGAAGUCUGGUCCCAGUGGCAAAACCAGCAUCACUCCCAGCAGGCUGGAGAGCAACAUGCACACCCCAAUCCUAGUCAGACUGAAGUCUUCCAGGACAUGUUACCCAUGGCAGGAGAUCCCACUCAGGGAACAGCCAACUAUAACAUUGAGGACUUUGCUGACCUUGGCAUGUUUCCACCGUUCUCCGAGUAAUCCCAGCAUCUCCUGUCAUUUUUCCUUUGCAAGGGAAGAACUGGACUGAUUUUGUUUGCAUUAAUAAUCUCAUGUGGUGUCUCAUUUGCAAACAUGUCUGGACCACGAGCUCACAAGUAAUGUGCAGGACAUUGAAUGUCAGGAUGCACACAUCAAGCUAGCAUACUAACAUACAGUCCACUUAUGUUUUGAUUUACCGGUUUGCAGUAUAUAUCUGUGAAUGCAAAUGAAGUCUGCUGAGACAAGUAAUACAAAGCAUCGGUAUAACCAGAGGAGGUCAGCUGUUUGAUCUUAGCACAUCUUUACUUUUAAGGCACAUUUCAGUCCACAGAUGUAGAAAAUAAUUUUUACCCCACUAUUUAUAGAAAAAUAUGCUGUUAUACUCUCAGAAUUGCUGGCCUUUACAUCAUCGGCUAAUUGGACCCAAUGCUGCAGUCUGUGUUGAGGAUUAGGAUUAAUACAAAAUUAAUUGCAUUUUAAUUUAUCAAAUGCAUCACAGGCACAGCAUACUGAUCGUGUGGCAUAAUAACGUAUAAGAUCAGAACAGUUAUGCCUCGUUUAUCACUCAGGUUACUUUGUAGACCACCCCUGCAAUAACCAAAAUUAGCAAAGUCACAAGUAUUUGCACUAUUUAGUGCUCUUGUAAAGUUUUGUGUACAGUAUGUGCAUGAUACGUGCCCUAGCCCAUUUGCAGUUCACCAUUCGCGACCCACCAUAUGAUCAGAAUUUGCGCUCAAAGUUCUUUUUUUCUCUUAAUGUACUGCAUUUUAACAUCCAUAAGGUGUAUUUUGAGAUCUUAAAUUCUCUCCUAAAUAGUUGUGGUGCCUUACAACAUCCCGUACCUUACAUGCACACAGAGGUCCUACAUCUGUAAAAGCACCCAAUGAAGUUGAACACUUGUUACAUUGUUGCAUGUGCUACCACAUGUUUUAUUGUGUAUGUAAGCUAACAUUUGAGUUUGCUCACAAGGCAGUGAGGAACAAUUUUAUAUAUGUAAGCAAAAGUUUAGGUUAGGUGUAGACAGGUCAUUACUCAAGAUGUUGUUCACACUCGUGGUGUCACAUCGAAACUAAAAUUAUCACACCACAGUAAGCAAAUAAUACAACAAAUUAAAGAAUCCCUGAAGAAAUAAUUGACACAAAUUAUGCAUUUUAAACGCUAUUUACAUCCUCCAAGCAUGCUUUGCGGCACGAAGGAGCUCCUUGGUGCCACAAAGCAUGCUGGGAGUGCCGCAGGUUUUGUCCGGAAACUACCACUUUUAUUUGUUUUAUUAUAACAACGCUAACAACAUAACCAGUGUUUUCAAGUGUACUUCAUUGGACAAGUCACACAAUAUUUAUAGAUAUUGGAACUCAUUUUGCACAUAAGGCAUGCUGUCCAUUUUGGAGAAAAUUUCAAGAUUUUCAAAUGCACCUUAUAAUCGCAAAAAUAUAGUACAUAAUAUCAUACCUAGGUAUUUUAAUACUGCAUGUUAUUCGCGGAUUUACGUUUUUCGUGGGUUGGAAGGAAUGUAACCUCCCCAAAUAAUGAGGGAACACUGUAUUAUUUUUGUUAGAAAAUGGAAGCUAAAUCAACUUAACAUGGUGAAAACCCAGCAUUCAGUGAUAAAGGUAUAACACUGUAUAAUAAUCUAGCCAUGGCCUGAAGAAAAAGGGGAGAUGGAAAGCCGUUCAGAAGUUGAGAACACAAAUUGAAGAUGCUUGUGUAACGCCAGCAGCGGGAAGGAAGGGCUUCUUUGCUAUGAGACGGACCCCAACCUCGAAACUUUGGUUCCUUCUCUCACUCAUGCUACGGCAGUACAUUUCCAGGAUGUACAGUACGAAUUAUGUGACCAUAAAAUAUGUAAGUCUGGCAUUUCAAUUUUAAUUUCAGCACAUUAUAUUGUAUUGUAUUACCAUUAUUAUCCAGCCAUCCAUUUUCUUAACUGCGUAUCCUCACGAGGGUCAAGAGGAGUGCUGGAGCCUAUCCCAGCUGUCAACAGGCAGGAGGCAGGGUACACCCUAAACUGGUUGCCAGCCAAUAGCAGGGCACAUGGAGACAGACAACAAUUGCGCUUUUACAAUCACACCUAGGGGCAAUUUUGAGUGUCCAAUUAAUGUUGCAUGUUUUUGGAAUGUGGGAGGAAACCGGAGUAACCUGGACGAAACAUCACACAGGCAGGUCCAGGAUUGACCCUGGGACCUCAGAACUGUGAGGCCAACGCUUUUCCAGCUGAUCCACCGUGCUGCCCCCAUUAUUAUUAAAGCAAAAGCAUAAUUCAACCUUUAUCUUCCAACAUCCAUCCAGUGCUGGAGUGGAUCACAGCUGACUCUGCAAAAGAGGCAGGGUACUCCCUUAAAUGGUCACCAGUUACUCGCACACAAAUACACAUUCGCCCUCACAUUCCUGAUAUUUACAAUGAAAUUGUAAUUAUCAAUACAAGUGGUGGAACCAUGGACGUUACAGUUCUGAGGACCUGGGUUCAAAUCCCGGCCCAGCUGUGUGGGGUUUGCAUGUUCUCCCCGUGCCUUCGUGGGUUUUGUCCGGAAACUACAGUUUUCACCCACAUCCCAGAAACAUGCGUUAAUUGGAGACUCUAAGUUAGUGGUGUGAAUGUGUGUGCGAAUGGUUGCUUUUUCCUAUGUGCACUGCGAUUGGCUGGCGACCAGUUCUGGGUGUAGAACGAGAGAACAAUCAUCUUUAUUCUCAUGAACAUGCAUGUAUGCACGUGAAAUUUGUUCUCCGCAUUUUACCCAUCACCGUGAACACACAGUCACUUGUUAGCAGAACACACAGGAGGACGAGGGACCUGAGGCACCCGGGGAGGAGUUCGAUCAGUGUCUUGCUCAAGAACACCACAGCCGUGAGUCCUGAGAAUGGUCCAGUUGGGGUCUUGAACCUACGUCCCCCAGGGUGACUGAUGAUGGGCUCUCACUUGAAGAUAGUUGAAAUAGGCAUCAGGGCCUCAUUGACCCUAAUGAGGAUAAGCGGCACAAAAAACAGAUGGAUGGAUUUAAAUGUAAGUGUCAGCGCAGACAGUGUUUACACAAGCAAAGAAGACUUACAAGGCAUUCACUGCACACCACUCAUCAGUUGACUGGUAUGAAGUCAGAAACAAUUAUACUAACUCUUACUGUUACUUAUUCUUACGGUUACGCUUACUCUUCCAUGUCCAAUCCACUAAAAAGAAAUGGUUUCAAUUUGUUGCAGGACUUCAAAAGUAUGAAAAUUAUUACAUUACAUUAUUUUUUCAUCAGAUGGAUAUCUUUUCAUAAAAAGCUUGUUUAGCUGUUCAUAAUGUGGGUAUUCAUAUGUUAAUAACUUAGUCAUCUUUAAUAAACUGAUCUGUAUGCACUAAUCCCUUACUCCUUGCGGGAGUUACAUUCCUGUCCACCCUUCUGUUUUCAUAGCAUUUGCGGGAUGUAGAUUUUUUUAAAGGUCUUCAAACACAUAUUAGAGUAAUGCCAACACAUAUUGAGAGUGAGACCAAUGAAUAACAACAGAGUAACAACUGUAAUAAUACUUAGACACAACAACAAGAAAUCUACAAUACAGCUGGACUCGAAAGCAUGGACUGUAAUAAAGCAGUGAAAUACUGUGGGAAUUGGGGAUCGAGAGUUUUCUCACUUUAGGGGUUGUAUUGUGUAAAUUACACACUUAUGGUCCAAUAGGUCAAAUAAGGCUAAGGAUGAGCUUUACAGUGCCGUGAAAAACAAUUCUCCCCCUCUCAGACUUCUGUUUAUUUUUUUUCCAUCACACACUAACUUUAUUUAGUCAAAUCAAUUUUAAUAUCACUCAGGAACAACCCAAGGAAUUAAAAAAUGCAGUUUUUAAACAAACAAUAAUUGAAUUUAUUAAGGCACAAAAAAUCCAAAACUUUCUGACCCUCUGUGGAAAAAAGCAAUUAUCCCCCGUUAAAUUACAAAAUCACUGUGACUCACCAUAAAUUUGGGAAAGGUGUCUUCAAUUUCAAUUUCUUCCUCUGUGAAAAAGUAUUUGCCCCAUUAACCGAAUAACGGGUUAUGCCAUCCUUGGUAGCAAUAACUGAAAUCAAGCAUUUGUGAGAAUUGGUGAUGAGUCUUUCACGUCACUCUGCAGGAAUUUUUUCACACUCUUCUUUGCAAAAUUUUUCAACUCCACCAUAUUGGAGUUUUGUUGUCGUUCUAGCUCAAACCCAUUUCAGGUCACACCACAGCAUCUCAGUUGCAUUGCAAUCCAGACUUUGACUCGGCUAUUGCAAAACCUUCAUUUUUUUUUUUUUUUCCUGAGUGAGAGUCAGAGGUAGACUUGCUGGUUGUGUUUCAGAUUGUUGUCCUGCAUGAUCAAAGAGAGCUUGUGUUCUUGGUUUACAAAAUAUAAAGCAGAAAAUUAUCAAUCUCCUCCGGUUAUUGGGAUGACAUGUAUUAUAGAGUGAGACAAAGAGUGGUUAACACGAUAUAUUGUUAAAAAGAAAAAAGUACACCUUCAUCUGCCUCAUGGAGCCCCUGGCACACCAUCACCGGCUCUUGUCAGAGAGCAGCAGGAGCAAUGGUGCUCAUCUCAUCACCUCAUCAACCUUACUUUGUAAAGUUCAGCAUUGUGUAAUGAUGUCCAUAACUCCAGUAAAACAAAACAAAAAAAAUGUUAUAGAGGGAUUCUGUGAUUUUUAAGAGGAAAACAUGGAAUGGCAGGCAGUUACUAUGCUAAGGCAUAAAGUGCACGUCAUAACUGCUAAUCUCACCAGCCUGCUUUAAAAGGGAAAACCGCAAUACUGUCUAAGCAAUUGCAGUGUUUAGUUGUGUACUUGGUGUUGUUCAUCUUUCACUACUUGACUUACAUAACUUCAUAAUCUUUUGGAAGUGUUAAGACGUAUUCUUACUUUGUAGUGAGGGAGCUUUUACAUGAUCGAUUGUAUGAUGUGGCUGACAGACAGAUGGAAGAACAUACACACACAUAUUUUUGCUUCAGCUCCCGGCCCAAUACUUUUUGUAAAUAAUGUGAUUUUUAUGUCUGGGUGUUAUUUUCACACUGCUAAUUGUUUUAUGUGUUUAAUGUGCAUUCUUAAUAAUGUGUGCAGUGCAAGUACAUAUUUAACUAUUGGUAUUUAGUUAGGUUGUUGGUUGUACAUUGACUUCUACACCUGUAUAAACUGUGUAAAUGUGUCCUAUUAUUUUUGUGUAACACCGUGAAUUGUGACAAUAAAUUCUUAUUGGUUAUAUGUCUUUA